AUGAACAAAACAGAAUACCUGGAGAAAAUUGACACUAUUCUGGCGGACGAAAGAAAAUUUGUGAAAAUCAGCAAAGACCCUACGGAAGCCCUUAAGAAAAAGCUGAACAAAUUCAUCACCAUGAGCAACAUCAACAGCGAGACCAUCAAAAUCAACAAGGUCUCUGGUGAAUAUGGUAUGGGCUACUGCUAUGGCACCGUGAAGACACAUAAACCAGGAAACAAACUCCGGCCCAUCAUAUCACAAAUCCCGACACCGACUUAUAAUAUCGCGAAGAAACUCUGUAAGAUCCUUACACCAUACGUCCCAACAACAUAUAGCCUGAACUCAGCAACAGACUUCCUCGACAUCCUGAAGAGCAACAACUCAAGAGGAAUCAUCGCUUCACUGGACGUUGAGUCACUCUUCACGAAUGUCCCUGUUGAACGCACCAUCAACUACAUCGCUCAGCGAGUGUACCAUGACGACAGCACCCCACCGCUCGACAUCCCAGAAGCAGCUCUACGUGGCCUACUUCAAUGCUGCACGAAAGAAGCACCGUUCACCUGUCCACGGGGUCAAAUAUACCAGCAAAUCGAUGGAGUCGCUAUGGGCUCUCCAUUGGGAGUGCUUCUAUCAAAUUUCUUCAUGGGCUGCAUUGAAGAUGAAGUUUUCAAAACAAUAAACAAGCCGGACAUCUACUGCCGAUACAUCGAUGACAUCUUCAUCAAAACGAAGAACGAAGAAGACAUGGAAGACAUACGUACCUGCCUACAAGAGAUCUCAGGACUUAAGUUCACAAUAGAAAGAAGCGCCGAGGGGAAAAUGCCGUUCCUGGACGUACUCGUCACCCAGAACCAAGAAAACUUUUCCACAAACGUCUACGUAAAACCGACGAACAAUGGCCAGUGUCUCAACGGUAGAAGCGAGUGCCCUCAGCGAUACAAAGACUCUACCAUUGCCGCCUACAUCAGAAGAGCUAUCACCCACUGCAGCACGUGGAAAGAAGUCCAUGGAGAAAUAAGCAGAUCAACCAAUGUACUCCUCAGCAACGGAUUCAACACCAACGACAUUGAAAAGCAAGUUAAGAAGACCGUGGACAAAUGCCAUUCUCCACUCUUCACAGGCCGUUCCCAGACACACUCAGGCGCCGCGACGGCUCGCCAGGCCCUCGCCGUGAUGCCUGAGCGUGUUGCCCUCAAGCCAGUGCCGCGAAGAGGUGACGAGGAAGAGGACGAGGAGGUGGAGGGGGACGUGUGGGCUCUUGAUUUCGCUCUCGAAGUGACUGCAGUGCGUCAGCCUGAAGUCUGUGACGCGAGGUGGAGGGCGAGGACUGGAGGUGGAGAGGACGGGUGGGCUCUCGUUUUCGCUCCCGAUGUGGUUAAAGUGUGUCCCCCUCAAGAGCUGUGGCGUGACGACCGACGCGAGUGA